AUGUUCGAGCUGAUGAUCGAUUUGUGUAACCCGGACAAACCGGAGGAAAUAACCUACGAGGCAUUGAUCAGGUUAGUUAAAAAUCAUCUCCACCCAGAGCCGUCCAAAAGAGCAGAAAGAUUCAAAUUAAGAUUACGCAAGCAAGAGCCCGGCGAAUCUUUAGCGCAACAUUUAGCUGCACUUAAAAAAUUAGCUAAAACAUGCCAGUUUGGGGACAGUUUGGAAGACCACUUAACUGAUCAAUUCCUAUAUGGCCUCCGAAGUGACAGCAUUCGUCAACAACUUUUCACCGAGAAAGAUUUAAAUUACAUUAAAGCAGUAAGGAUUGCCUUAAACAUGGAGGCCGCAGAGAAAAAUUCUCUCAUGGUGGAGGAAGCAAAGUCUUCGUCGAUGGCGAUGGUAGCAGUUCACAAAGUUUCGAGCAGAGGGCAGCGUAACCAUGGGCCACGUUCCAGCUGUUGCCGCCAUUGUGGGAAAUCAAACCACGAAGAUAUCCGAUGUUUCUUUCGGAAAUCGAAAUGUCACAGGUGCGGUAUAGUGGGGCAUGUCAAUGAAACCUCUGAUAGCGACGUAAGUGAGGUAGCUGAUUUAACUAUCUCAAAAGAUAUUUUCAAAAUUCUAAAUAACUACGAGAAACAGCUAAGAAUUCACUUAAAUAUCAAUCAUGUGGUUAUAUAUAUGGAAAUUGACACCGGAUCAGCCUAUUAUGUCAUAUCUGAGGCAGAAUAUUAUAAAAACUUUUCAUCUAUGUCAAUGAUGGAAAGCGAUUUUAAAUUGAUAUCUUAUUCUGGGAAUGUACUAGAAAUUUUAGGAUUUAUCAAGGUAAAUGUAAGGAUUGAACAUAGUUCAAAUCCUGAAAAUUUGCAAUUGUAUGUAUUGAAGGGUCACGGACCACCUUUAGUCGGUCGCGAUUGGAUUAAGAAGUUAAAUAUAUCUCUAGACAAUUUGUUUCAUAUUGAUUGGACGCAUUUCUCAAUGAGGGCAUCAAAACUAUUGAGAAAUAAAUUUCCGGAGGUGUUUCGAGAUGACAUCGGUUGCUUUAAUGGCGAUUGCGCUAAAUUGUAUGUAAAAGAAAAUUCAUUUCCCGUUUAUUGCAAUCCUAGAUCGCUACCUAUAGCUCUCAAAGCAAAGUCUAAACAGAACUUAAAGAUUUAA